CUCCCAGGCCCGUGGCGGCUGCGCCAGCGCCAAGUUUGCGCCCAGAGCGUUUUCGCCCGUGCGCGUCGCCGGCCUCCCGCAAGGUGCCCCACGAGCCUGGCAGCGGCCGCCUCUUGGCGCAGCACCCGGGCCCGGGAGGAGGACGUCCCGCAGGGUGGCGCGGGCUGGGGCCGGGGCAGCCGCCUCCCGAAGAUGCAGGAUGGCACCAGAGCCACCGCCGCCCCGCGCGUCCUACCGCACCACGGGCUCCACCUGUCUGCACCCGCUCAGCGAGCUCCUGGGCAUCCCGCUGGACCAGGUGAACUUCGUCGCCUGCCAGCUCUUUGCCCUGCUCGCCGCUCUCUGGUUUCGCCUCUACCUGCAUCCUGCUAAGAGCAGCUCCGCUGUCCGGCAUGCCUUUGCCACCAUUUUGGGCACUUACUUCGUCAUCUUUUGCUUUGGCUGGUACUCCGUACAUCUUUUUGUGCUGGUGUUAGUGUGUUAUGGAAUCAUGGUCACCGCAAGUGUAUCCAGUAUACACAGAUACACUUUUUUUGUGGCGAUGGGAUACCUUACAAUAUGUCACAUCAGCCGAAUAUACAUCUUUCACUAUGGAGUGCUCACCACAGAUUUUUCGGGGCCUCUGAUGAUCAUCACUCAGAAGAUCACAACCCUGGCUUUCCAAGUCCAUGAUGGAUUAGGUCGAAGAGCUGAAGACCUUUCUGCUGAGCAACAUCGACUUGCAGUAAAAGUGAAACCCUCUUUUUUGGAAUACUUAAGUUACCUUCUCAAUUUCAUGAGCGUCAUCGCUGGCCCUUGCAAUCAUUUCAAGGACUAUGUAGCAUUCAUCGAAGGGAGACAUACCCACAUGAAGUUGCUGGAAGUGAACGGGAAGCACAAAGAUUUCCACAGCUUGCCAGAGCCUUCUCCAACUGGAGCUGUGAUGCACAAGUUGUGUGUCACGCUGGUAUCUCUCCUUCUGUUCCUGACGCUCACCAAGACCUUCCCGGUCACCUGCCUUGCCGAGGACUGGUUUGUCCAGAAGGCGGACUUCCUGACGCGUCUCUGCUACCUGUAUGUGGUCAUGCAAGCCUCAAAGCCCAAGUAUUAUUUUGCGUGGACGUUGGCUGAUGCGGUGAACAAUGCGGCUGGCUUUGGGUUCAGUGGCAUGGAUAAGGACGGCAGGUGCUGCUGGGAUCUGCUGUCCAACCUGAACAUCUGGAAAAUAGAGACUGCCACGAGUUUCAAAAUGUACUUGGAGAACUGGAACAUCCAGACGGCUGCGUGGCUGAAGUGCGUGUGCUAUGAGCGGGUUCCCUGGUGCCCGACGGUGCUGACCUUCAUCCUCUCCGCCCUCUGGCAUGGCGUCUACCCCGGAUACUACUUCACCUUCCUAACUGGAGUCCUCGUCACGUUAGCAGCUCGGGCGGUAAGGAACAACUGCAGACAUCACUUCCUUUCUUCCAAAGCUCUCAAGUGUGUGUAUGACCUGGUGACCUGGGCUGUCACUCAGCUGGCCGUCUCGUACACGGUGGCGCCGUUCGUCAUGUUGGCCGCGGAGCCUGCCCUCAGCUUGUACACAUAAGGAAACUGAGGCUCAGGAAACAGUCUCAAGACCACCCAGCUGAAGACCCCUGGAUCACUUCCUGCUCUGCAGCCGUCUCUGUCACACUGCGUCGCUUCUCUGGACCAUGAUGUCUCAGCAGCACUCUUCCCUCUCUCUCCCUUUAUCACUUGUGAUUUUUAAAACAUAGGAAGGAAUAUAUGUUUUAUUCAGCAAAUGAAUGAGACUCUUCACAUCAGCGAGACCCUCAUGUGUUGAAUUGGGUCUUGGGUAUUGAGCAAACAGUGAUGAUCAGACACCACAGGGCUUCUGCCCUCGUGGAAGUUGGUUCAGUGAAAAUUAACUUCAGGUGAAAAAUUCUUUAGGUGAAAACACCUAAAGAAGAAAUCGCCAGAUGUGUAAGAAUCAGAGGGGUUAGGAAAAGCUGUAAUGUGGUCUCACUACGCCAGGGAUUUCAGAAAAAGCUCUUUGAGAACACCAGCUUGAGUGGAGUUCUUGGAGUGAGUGGGCACUAACAGGGUGAAAUGGUGGCAGGAAGGGUGAUUCCAGAUAUAAGGAGGUGCAUGUGCAAAGGCCCUGGGGUGUGUGUUUGGGUCUGAACCAUUGUGAGCAUGAGAGGAUGAAAGAAGAACAGUGUGGCUCGAGUGCAGACAGCAAGGCAGGACACUUGGGGAAAUGCAGGAGUGAGACCGUGGGGCCAGACGGGGCUUCCCGAGCCAUGAGAGUCUGCAGCCACAGCACAGUGAGUUUUUACUGAACGGCAAAGAUAAAGAAACACCAAUUUUCAGCUUCCUUUAUCGUCUCCUGUAUUACAGAGAAUGCUUUGUAGCAAAGUGUGAAUGUCCCUUGGAAUUAACAUUAUUUGUUUCCUUUGGGGAAAUAUGUUCGUCCCACAGUGCUCUCCAGAACCAAAUUAAAAAUAAACAUCUAAACCAAAUUAGGCUGCCUAGAAACACUGAUAGCACGAGCCAAAGGCAAGCCAAGUUAAAACGCUGAGUUCAUGUCAGGUGAGCAUAACUCACGUCCAGUAAGACUCACCCUGUGUGAUUUCUAAGAAGGCCAGCUCUGUCCAUUGACCCAGGAGCCUGCCUUGCACAGUGGGAGGGGGCAGGUGCUCCCAGCACCUCACUCUGGGGCUGUAGGUGAGGGCUUGGUCACUGUGGUUCAGGCUACAUCGCUUCGGGCAAGUUCAUUUCUGCUUUUUUCACACUGUAUUUAUUCCUUAGAUGCACAGAGCAGGCAGCAAACCCACAACUACCUAUACCUUAGAUUAAUGGUUCUCAGCCAGUGUGUGGCAGACCCCUAGAAGACUUGAAAUGAUUUCAGGGGAGUCUGAGACCCCAUGGACAUAGAACAGGUAAGGUCACGCCUCCCCCCAGUUUAUAAAUUGUGCAUAGAUGCUUUGUGAUCAUGUGGAUUUACUGUCUCUUGGUCCAGUUAGUUUUAAUCAGCAGGGAGUCCAAGUAUGCCUACUCUGCUGGAGGUGGCCCUUCCAGGUUGUUGACAUUUAGAAGGGGGCCUCCUGCUCAGAAAGUAUGCAGAUUAAGCAGUCGGCUCCUGGAGGCUUGGCAGCAUGCAGUGAGGGUUGUGGUCACUUCUCAUCCUCGCCAGGACGGGCUGGUGCGAGGACCAGGAGACAGAGGGGCAAGGCCGUGAUGGCGAGCAGAGGUCGCUAGAGAAGCAUCACCUAUGCAGAUCCAGGAGGAGAGUGCUCCCGCAGCUAACCCUGCUGAGCUCCCCUCCAAAGGCACCACGCGCCCCUGGCUGGGAGGCUGGGCGUGGCUACCUCACGUGC